CUCUGUGGUUGCACUGCUGUUGCCGUUUCGGCCGUUUCUGUAGUUUCGAUGGUGGUGUAGCGCAGCUGUGUGGUGGCGUGAGGAGGGCCAGACGAACCGAUCGCUGUUCACUUUUCCUUAUCGGGUCGGCGGGUGCUGGCCGUUUCGGUAGUGCCUUGUCGCCGGGAAUGUCGAAUGGACGCUGCCCUGGCAUGGCAGCAACGCCGACAAGCCAACCCGUAUCCAGAGGCCGCGGUCGUGGCAGGGGCAGAGCCAGGCUUGGCAUUCAGGUAGCUCAUACUUCCAGCAACAACACGGCUGCAAACACCGGAAAGCCGAAUGUGGCUUGUGCAGUCGAUAGCACAUUAUGCACAGCAGCACCUUCAGUUCCUGUUCGUGAUUUUGCUGCUGACCAGUUGGAGUACAAGCGCUUGGACCCCAUUAGUGCGAGAGCUGGUGGUGAUGCCUCUGCACCCGCUGCAGUCAACAGGAUGCGUGCAAACAAAGCCACCAAAUUGCCUAGAAAUGUGCAGCAGCAUAAUUGGCACGGUCACCCAAGUGGUGUCCAGGAUUCCAUGGAAAGUAAUCGGAAGUCCCACCCUACACUAAGUACAAACGAUUCGAGCAACUCGCCUAUGAGCCAUAGGCCCAGCUUGCCCAGACGUUGCCGAGUUGAACGUGGGUGUACUUUUCGGUCAGAACGCAGCGGACAACAGCACAGGCCGGUCACAGGAAAAGUUCUGCAUGACCGUUCCAACAGCAAGACUGAUGCCAAGACCUGCGGGCCCUCCUCUGACUGCCCUGCAGGUACCAAACCAUUUGCACCAUCGUCAAAGAGUAGGAAAAGUCUGGCUAGUAGCAAUGAGGCUCAGCAUGGGCGAGCUGUUACCACUGGCACAGGUCAUCUGUAUGCGCUGCAUUUGCACAACAAUUGUCCCGAGUUGCCACCUGUAGAGGACAUCGUGAAGCGUCUACAAGAAAUACAAAUGGAAUUUCAAAGGGACGGCCUCAGUAUGGAACUGCCAUGCUCGAUGACGGACACGAAGCCCUGCUGGAUCUUGAACAACUUGAGGACGUUCAACCGCAUCCUGAUGAGAGUCGACAUUGAACUGAAAGAAGAAGAGCCGCGCAAGCUCUGUGUUUGUUCUCUCGACGAAGCGGUGAUGAUGCACUCAAACGACAACUGGGUCUUUGACGCCUGCAUCCUGUUCCACUUGCUCCUCAAAAGGCACAAGUGCAUACAAACUUUGCACCUUGACAAGACAACUGUGGCAUCCGGUUACCCACAGAUACUCUGCGAUGCAUUGGCCUGCAACAGGGGCCUCAGGCGCUUGGCCAUCGCCUGUUGGGAUUUCUUACCUGCCACAGAGCGCACACUCGUCUACUCAUUGUGCAAGAUGCCUGCACUUGAAUAUAUUUGCAUUUCGAAACUGUCUGUGACGCCAAGCGCAGCUGCACGUAUCGGUGACAUGAUAGCGAGGGCGAAGUGCAUACGCAAGGUUAAGUUCCUGGAAAAUGACAUGUCGCCCGAGGCUGGUACAGAGCUCAUGAAGGGACUGUGUCGCAACAGCGGCCUUGAGCUGAUUUGGCUUGAUGAUAAUGCCCUCGGAACCGGCGGAGCACGUUUUCUCGGUGAAUUCCUUGCCACAUCUACCACGUUGCGAGAGCUGUCGCUGAGUGAUGUGCCAUGCUUCGAUGAACAACAACUGGUGUUCAUUGCAGAGGGGCUGAAGACAAAUCGUAGCCUUGAGAAACUGGAGAUUCAUGGGUGUCGCGUUGCUGCGGGUGGCAUCGACAGGCUUGCUGAAGUUCUAAAGAACAACAGCACUCUGAAGUACUUGGAAGUGUCCGCAUGCAACCUUGCGCAAGCGGAAACCAGGUCUUUCGCAAUCCUUUUAGAGUUUAACACUGGUCUCCUUGAAGUAAACAUCAGGGACAACCUUAUCGAUGACAUUGGAGCGAUCCGGCUGGCACAGGCAUUGAAGUUCAAUAUGCACCUGGAGAAGCUGAACCUUGAGGCUAACAACAUCAACUCACCGGGAGUGGUUUCGCUUGUCGAAGCACUUGCGAGCAACAGUGUGUUGAAGGAGCUAACGCUGGGCUGCGUUGAAGCGGAGGAUGAAGAGGAUGAACGGGCAGUCACUGCUGCUUUAAAUCGCACAGCUGCCUAUGACCGUGUGCGACUGAGCUGCUAUGACAUUCGGGGUGUUUUUCAGCUCUCAGCGAGCCUCCGCAUGCAUGCUGACCGUAUCACAUCAGUGCACUUAGAUGCAAGUGUCGACGUCGAUGCCGAUUGCCUCAAGGACCUGUUUGUUGCACUGGCUACUGUUUCAUGCCUAAAAUGUCUCUGCAUAGAUUCCCAAGCCACUAUGGAUGGUUCCGCUGCCAGGAGGUUUGCCAAGCUACUGUGUACGACGAAAACGUUGAAGCAUAUUCAGAUAAACUCCUGCAGCGCUGACAGCGUGGCGCUGGAAACAGUCAUGAGGGGCUUGAGGAAGAACCAGUCUGUGUUGUUCAUGGAGAUAGAGUUUGCAGCCUGCAACAGUGCUUGCACUGACGCAUUUGUGGACAUGUUGAAGGGCAACACAACGCUCACCCAUUUUGGCUACAUUACCACCAAGCUUUCUGAGCUGCAAGUGAUUGCUCGCGAGCUGCCAGCAAAUCACGUCCUGACCUCCCUCAAGAUUUGGGAGAAGCCGAGCUUCAGGGAGACCAUCUUCGAGAUUCACGAAAUCCUUCGGCGUAAUGUCUCGUACCUCAACCGAGCUGUUGAGUUUGCCAUGGAGCCGGAGAGGUUUGGUACCCAGCGGUAUCCAGCUGUGGCUUUCGAGGAGCUUUGCCUGACGGACUCUUUCCAGAACCAUCUUGCCAGCAUUGUCGGACCACACCGUGCGCCCAAGGCGAUGCGCAAUGCCCGUCGACACAUCACGACAAACCUGUUUGCUAUCACAGGUGUGUGCCAAGUGCCAGUCACUUGCUGGCCGCACCCAGAAGGUGGACGGCAAAUAGACUGUCUGAACAUUUUUUGUUGGCUCAACAUCUUUUCCCAUCUGAAGGUAACAGACAUUGUAGUCUGACGGACUGUUAACAUGUCACCAUAAGGUACUGCACUGUUAUCAUCUAGGUGAAAAACAUAUUACUGUCUUAUUCGUUUUUACUAUCUUAUAUUAUGUUCAUAAUUGCACUUUACUAAUGUAAAGCCUUGUUUUCAAUUGGGCCAAUGUAUGAGAAGAAAUGUGAAAUAGCAUUAUGUACUAUUAAGUUUUGUGAGGUAUAAGAUGACUUCAAGGGUAUAUCUGUGUAAGAUAAGUACAAGUUGCAUAUUUACCCUUGAUGGGCAUUUUAUAACCUAUGCACUAUUUGUGCUUUCAUUUAUGUCUUCAUAAUUGAUGAUGGCUAUCUUUUAAAUCUAUCUUUGUUUAGUGUGUGCUAGAAGUGUCUGCAUAGCUAAAUCAAAAUGUGUAUAUAUGGAAAGCAGCAGGCCUUGCUUUUUUGUUUUUAUUAAUAUAUAUAUUAACUCUUUCGUUACCGCAAGAAAUGUGUUCAUUUUUAGUGCUUUUGCAUUUUAAUGUGAUGACAACCAUAAGUACUGCAGUACAUAAAUUUAUAGCCUGUUCGCUGGUGCUUUGAAUGGACAUGUAGCAGUAAUAAUUGCUCAGGCAUCUUUUGAGAAUUACAGUAACAGCUUGUUAAUUCGAACCGCAAGGGGAAGUCGCUUCAGUUCGAAUUAACGAAAGUUCGAACUAACGAAAGUGAAGGAGAGCAACAGUACACUGCGAUUUGGAAGCAGUAGGGCAUGUCAGAAAUUUGGCGAGUCAGAAAGUGAUGGCGUGUGCCGCGGGCACACGCCAUCUUCAAGUCGAAGCUCUGGGUCCGACUGUGCCACACCACCGAUGUCCACCGAAACGAACGUUAGCCGAGGCUUAACACCAUCACAAUGAAUCGCGACGGCCGAUACCUCCUAAGCUGAAAACAGAGGUGCACAACCGAUGAAGACUGCUGAGACAAACACGCUGAAUAUGUGAAGGAGGCGAAGGUCCGGAUUCGUUGGUUCUUGAUUGCAAGCGCAGCUGCGACGUACUUGAUUCGCUGUGUUUUGGCGCUUGCCGUGCCAUCUCCGCACGACAUUAGCAGCUGUAAAAGAUUUGCAAAGCCUCCGAGAUUCGCAAUGGGCAAGAAGUCUCGGAGGUUACGUAGAACGGAGAGGCGGCAGCCGCCGCUGCCUUCUGGCUGACCCCGCAUCGGUUAGAUUUUUUCUGAUUUUGCCUUCUCUUGCCAUUCUCUCCGUUUCGGAGGCAAUACAGCCUUGUGUGUAGGCAGUAGGCGCGCUUCUCUGGCCGUGUGUCAGGCGAGCGUAGUUCGAAUUAUCCGUGAAGGAACCUUCUCGCGUUCGAAUUAAUGGACUUUUUUAUACAUAGACUACUGUGGAGCUUGGCAGGACCAAAUCGUACAGUUCGAAUUAUCCAUAAGUUCGAAUUAUUGAAGUUCGAAUUAACGAGCUUUCACUGUAUAUGAAACUUCAAACUUCAACUUCCCCUCAAGAAACACGAAUGAAACUAAUAAUUUGCCCUUUUUAAUAUAACUACCCAGAGAAAAAUAUAUCUGAAAUAUACUGAAGAUGCACUUGGUUCCUAGUUCCCAUCUUUUGUAUGUCAGGUCAUGCAAGCAAAUUAUUCAUAAGAUUUGUUGGCAUCAGUACCAGCCAUAGAUAUGGCCAUGCUAUGUGGAAAAGUAGUAGCUUUGCAUGAAAACAGGCAAGUUCCCAUGGAGCACUUGUUUUUACUCAUUGCAGCAGGCACCUGGAUUGUUAUUACCACAUUUUUUAGGCUCACGAAGCAAUGGUUGUCAGGGUCAGGGAUCAGGGUCAGGUUGUCAGGGUCAGGGCAGAAGCUUCCUCAUGCUUGAUUAUUGUGUUCGAUCAGCUUUUCUGAGCAAACAGUGUGGCCUGCUGCACGUUCAACUGUUGCUGGAGCCUCCACAUGCCUUGUUUAGUUGUUCAGUGUUGUACCGUAAUGUGGAGAGUUUGCAAAAUAUUGUGCUCUAAGAGAGCACUUGGUUGAAGGUCGGUCUGGAAUCAACUGUUUGCUUUUACGUGAGUGAAAACCCCGCACUACAGGAAGGAUUGCUUGUAGUAAUUUGUACACGCGCUGUCAAAUUGCUUAUUGAUAAAAGCAACUCACAGUGGGGAAAAUAAAGUUGCAUUUGAUAUUAGUCGGACACAAUUAUCAAAAUGUGCACUCGUGAGCAUACGUACGUCGUUUGAGACUGUUAAAAGUGCCUGUAUGUGGGAUCAGAAAAUUGAAAAUACGGGAGAACCGUCUGUGUCUUCGUUGCUACUGUAAUUUAAAAAUUGUGUCGCCGAGUCGACCAAAGCACAAAUGUUACGUCUUAUUAUUGAGGAAGUGCAAAAAGCACUGAAGGCUAGUUUCAACUAUACAGCCAGUUGAAGGUUUAUUUUUACAAACUUGCCAACCUGCCAAGCAUGAUGAAAUCUGACAAUAGUUGGAAGUUCAAUUGUGAUUUCAGAAGGUGCAUGAUGUUGCUAGUAGGAUAAUUGAUAGACUUCUGUAGUUGCGGUAACGAAAGAGUUGGCACACCAGUGGUACAUAUUUUACAACUGUGGUCGUUGGUGUGUCGAGUUUUUAUAAUCAUUCAUGCUGAAAUUGCUGCACGGUAGACCUGCUGCGUAGAUUUCGUGAAUGUUUUUGAAAGAAGGUGUUAUUUUGUACUCGUAAUAGAAAAUAGCCGGGUCUAUGGAAUUGGUGGACUCCUUCUGUUCAGUUUGCGUUGCCUCUGCAGCUGCUCACGCAUUCACUGAAUGGGUUCGUUAAUCAAAAUGAUGUUCCUAUUAUUGUCCUUGAUGUCCUUAUUGUCCUUGUCCUUGUUAUUGAUGUGUGUGUAUCCUAGUCUUCCGUGCAGCUUCUUUUAAGUGGUUGAUAUUUUAGCUGCGAUAGUCCCUUACACCAGGUAGCUAGAGCUCGUCGAUUAGGUUUUGGGUGUGCAGCUUGGCAGUUCUGAGUGGCCUGACCUAGCUUGUGGUUUCCUAUGGUUUGUGAAUGUGUUAGGAUUGAGUGAGUAUUGUGUUAGUGCACAUUUUAAGAUAUGUGGAAGCUAGGUAGAAACAGCUCUUGUAGUUUAAAGAACUGGCAAAUCAGCGCUCACAUUUUAUACAGUUGUGGCAUUUUGUGGUGCAUUGCAUUUAAUACCUUGUCUUGGUGCACUGUUUGAAUUGCUGCGCUCGCUGUUUAACAGCCCAAGGAAGCUUUCUGCGCAAAAUUUUUGGGUAGUUAAAAGGACUCCUGUAAUACGAGAAUGAAAUGUUGAGUGCCUUUGCUUGCUCUCUUUCUUUUUUUUUUGAGCAUGUGAGCAGUGUGAUGUACAGAAUGGUCGCUGACUGUGCUGAUACCAAAAAUUUGUAUGUUACACCUGA